AUGCCCUGCGUACCGAUACAUGGAAAUCACACACCUCCUACCCACACGCCCAGCAUCCAAACCUUUCCGGGGUUCUCCCUGCGCAGGCUAGACAGAUGUUCCGCGGAGAAGGGUAGGGAAAGUCAGGUCGAGUCAAGUGCAAAUGUGCCGAAGGGAUCGCGCAUGCGUCCAUCUUGGCCUGGUCGGUAUCCCAUCUCGCUCAGCCUUGUCGGACCUUCUCGGAACAAAUACGACCCGUUCCUGCACAAGACUCUCUCCCAUUCUCCUCCCUGCCACAAAGACUCUCCCCCACGUGCGGUUUUUGCGGCGAGGCGAGACGGCACGGACAUCGAGUCUCGUUUAGCUGCAGGUUGCGGGCCGAUUGCUAAGCGUACGGGCUGGAACUGCGGUGCUGAGUGCGGUGCGGGAGAACUACCUGGCGAGGUAGAUACCACUGUAGGUACCCUGUUUUACUGGCCCAGUCGGUUAAAGGGUAAGAUGGGUGUUGGGGCUGGGGCUGGGGGCACAGGCUGGGUUGGGCAGUGA